AGUAUACUUUUAACUUUGUCUAUGGUCGCUGCACAGUUGUCUUUUUGAGGUUCAGCUUACUUUUUAGCAUUUUACGAUCUAAUAAUCAACAAAGGUGAUGGAAACAUAAUUUAUCUAAAAUGAAGUCCAUCGUGGCUUAUAUACGUAGUAUUUUGGGUUUUACUGAUGAGAGUUCACCACUUCGAACAAGUUUCAAACGAGACAGGGGCGAUGAUGAAUUAUCGUCUGAUGAUGAAGCGCCGCCGCUGAAGAAACUCAAGCAUUUACAAAGGACCAAUUACCCCGGUGUCAUGACUAGCAGCGAUCCAUGGGAAAAAGAGGAAAUGCAAACUAAAAAUGUACGCCUUGUUCCAAUACAAAUUGAGGCCGGCCAUCCAAGUACAUCAACACCGCUAGAAUCGUCAGCAAAGUUUUCCAGUAGGGUGCGGACAGUGCCCGUAAAACUGGUGGGUGUUUCGGAGAAUGGGCCCGGUACUCCCUCAAGGAAACCCAGGAUGCAUACGCCCGUGAGGCCGGUUAUACACGCUGUUGUUGACGACGAUGACGAACCUGAGGUAACAUGGAUAGAGAACAAAUCAGAUAAAUCCACAAAAAAGCAACCCAAAUUGUACAUAAACUUGGAUGAGGAGGAGGAUAUGCCUCGCCGGCAGGAAGAGGACGUGAUAUUUGUAAAGAAACUCUCGACGCCGACGCCAGGCAAACCCUACAAAUUGUUCUUCGCGAAUGAGGGCAGUGACGUCACUGAUUGCUCUGAGGACCCUGUGUACUACAGACUUAAAAAAAACGACAGACGAUCGCUUUCCCCUAGGACGUAUAGCAAAUUUAAAACACCAGCAGGCAUCACAAAACUUUACAAAAAGGCGCCGACGCCUGUGCCAAGGUGGAUGCAGACUAACAAGUCAACGAAUCUCUCAAAUCCAAGAAGUAAGCUUCUAGGUCUCAAUGGAAACACGCGGUCAACACUUGCCGAUAUAUUCAAUUUGGACGAGAAGCGUAACUACCAGGAUCUCAUCAGGCGAGCAACAGAGUCAAUGAAGAGUACAUGGUCGACGCGAAAACCAAUAGAUAUCAUUGAUUUGGCCAACGAGUCGGCAGCCUUUAGAAACACGCUACGGUCACAGAAACGAGCGCUAAAUGAGAUAAAAUUAGUCGAGAAAGGUUUAGCUGCCGAGAAGGAGAAUGAUGCGACUAAGGAAUACGAUCCCAUCACAGUGGCGUCAAUAAAUUCAUCGGAUUCCGAAGUAGAAGUGAUCCCAUCGGAUUCCUCCACAACGUCAUCGCUCAGGAUUGACCCUAUAAAUACAUUGCGAGACUCGUUUAAGGACAAAGCGGUGAUAUCGGAAGACUGGUUAGCGAAAUUAGACUCUAAAUACAGGAAGAAAAAGCAAGACACGCAACAGAAACUGAAGGAAGCUCGUCGCGAGUCCGAUAUCAUAUCAAAAGUGAAUAGCGAGCAGAAAAUAGCACACCUAGAGCACAAAUUAAAGUACGAGUUGAGUAUACCGGAGAGUAUCUUCUUGGAGCCACAGCCAACAGCAGAGCUGCCCAAGUUGACGCCUGAACAAGAGAAGCUAAUUAACAGAGCCCUGGGACCAGGCCCGUCCACACAAGUACUAGUGGAGAAGUUUAAUUUAAGGAUAACCAGGCGAGAUAUCCAGACACUGGCAGGUUUGAACUGGCUGAAUGAUGAAGUCAUCAACUUCUACAUGAACCUGCUGAUGCAGAGGGCUGAAGAACGGCAAGACUUGCCGAAAGUUUAUGCUAUGAACACAUUCUUUUACACCAAGCUCAUGCAGACUGGACAGGCUGGCUUGAAGCGGUGGACAAGAAAGGUGGACAUUUUCUCACAUGAGCUGAUGAUUGUUCCCGUCCAUUUGGGCGUCCACUGGUGUCUCAGCCUGGUGGACUUCCGCAACAAGACUGUAUCGUACCUGGACAGCAUGGGCGGCCGCAACCAGGCCUGCCUCGACGCGCUGCUGCAGUACCUCAGGGACGAACACCAGGACAAGAAGGGGCAGCCCUUCGACGACAGUGGGUGGACUACCAAGUGUCUCUCCAAGGAUAUCCCCCAGCAGAUGAACGGCAGCGACUGCGGCAUGUUCGCGUGCACGUUCGCGGAGUUCUCGUGUCGGAACGCGGCGUACAGCUUCACGCAGGCGCACAUGCCCUACCUGCGGCGCAAGGCCGUGCUCGAGAUCCUCUCCGGCCGCCUGCUGCUGUAGCCGCCACUCGCCGCACACACCCACGACACUGAAAAACUAAACUCUGAAACUACUGUGAAUCCUAAUCAAUACUCUGAACCCUAAAUUCUCCUUUUUGGUGCCUAAGAAAACCAGCAUAAGACAGCUUGAAGAAUGAAUAAUAUUGUUUCAAUUUGAAGCGAGAUAAGUUUAUCAAUUGAAGCAUAACAAUACAUAUUGAGGGACUAUAUUGUUCUGAAUGGAGACCUUUUUAUGGAAAAUAGCAGUGAAUAUGUAAAUACGUACUAGAUUUACGAAAUAUUAGUCAAUGGACAUCUUUAAUUCCAAUAAAGCUAUCUACUAUAGUAAAGUAAACAUCUAUUAAGAAUGAUUAUAUCAGUCUUUACAUACCGUCGACAAGGUACCAAAUGUGGAAUACUAAAGAAUGAAGUAUUUUACACACUUGUCCUUAUGGCUGUUUUGGUAAGUAUGUACACUGUACAGUCCACAUAAUUGUUUUUAAACGAAUUUGAAUUUUUGACGUGGCUAUCUUAGUCUCUUGAUAGUUGCUAUCGUAAUGCAACAAUUAAUCACAGUUAUAUGGAGUAACUUAUUAUUCAAAGUGUGUCUGGAAGUGCUUACCAUCAAGCGAGUGACAAACAAAAUGGGUCAUAAAAGAGUGCUAACAGAGUCGAGUGUGCAUUGAUUUAUAGAGGGGAAGCUGUAUAGAAUCUUAUUCUCACAGCAAAAUGUACUAUACGAUUAACGGACUACGCAUUUAUUCUUGUGAAUUUCUGUGUUAAGACAAUUUUUCUAUUCGACUAGUGUUUAAUGUUUGGGCGAGGUGAGAAUCUGUUCGAUAAAGUGCACCGUGUGAAUACUGUGAAGUGUGAAUCUGUUUUGUAUGACUAAAUAUGUGUAUGUACCGGUCUUAAGUAAGUCACAUACACUCCUUAUGUCUGCUACAUUUAAAGAAAGAUAUUAAAUAUUUUCUUGAGCGUGUAAGCGAUUGAGCCUUAUGUCAAAGUACGAGGAAACAUGGGAAAAGCGACUGUAACAUGCGUAAUAUCAAUAUAAUCUAGUCUGAAGACAACGACGCGGCCCUCGUGACUUUAUUCAGGCUGUUGUGAACUGCGCGUAUUCCAUCUGUAAUAAUUAGAACUUCUACCAGUGUGAAUAAUACUUAUUUUUCCAUGAGCUUGCGCAUAACAAUAAUUCAUGUGGAUUUCAAUUCCUUGUAGCCUGAACUGGACAUUAAUCUCACGCAAAACAAUAAUUUGUACAUUGUUUACAUUGUCUGAAAGUUCUGUUGAAAAAUCGUACAUCUAUUUCAACAAGGACAUAACUUAAAUAUUUCAUUAUGUUACAAAAGAAAACAGCGGUUUGAUUUAAAUAUAAGUGUACGACAAACCGCAUUAUUAUGCUGUAAAAUAUUUGCUAAACAUGGUAUGAUACUAAUUAUAUAGAAAAAUGCUAUAUUGAAUGGUAAAAUGUAAGAAUUAUAAUGCACAUACCUUAAUUAAAGUAAAAAGUAUUUUUUAUGUCGUGCCAGGAUAAAAAAAAUCUCGUAUUGAUAAGUUGUAGUUAGGAGUGCCGUGUUUGUUGAACUAGGUGUGCGAAAUAUGGUAUUAUUUAUAUUGGUUUAGAGUACAUUGAUGUGAACAAAUUUAAUAGUCUGAGGUUGUGUUGUGCACAGUGCCGUGACUAGAGCGACGUAUUAUUUUUUUUUUCCUAUAAAUUUUGUAUUUUUUUUCUGUUAUUCGAUAGGUAAUAUUCAUUUUCGGCAAACCCGAUGAACUUAGUAUUGAUUAUGUCAUAUGCUAAGUUAUCGUUUUGUUUUAAAUGAUUACACUUGUCGCGUCGUACUAAUUGCGGUACUGUAUAUAAAUAUUCCACAUUGUGUUUGCUAACAGUUCUGCCGCGUUCACACGACGCCAGUAGACGCCAGAAAUAACUGUUCAGUUGUAUUGUAAAUUAGGGAGCUGCUAAGACAGCUGUUUAGAUUCGCCAAGCUUUCGAAACAAUCUUUAAUUAACUUAAAAACGGAAUAAGACUAUAUAUCUCUUACAAUAAUUUUUGAUAUUAUUUAUAGAUUUUUUUUAUGUUAUAAAUAUUCCUUGUGAACUCAAGAGAUUGAAAUAUCCUAGGUCCAGAUAUAAGCCAUCUUCGAUCUUCCCGUUCGUAACUGUUAUACUGUUUUGUAUCCAGUGUUUGUAUUUGCUUUGUUAGACUUUUAGGCAACCAAAGACAAUAGAUCAACGGUAAUGGUAAUAAAUUGGCUAUUCUACAGAGGUGUAACGUCAGAAAGAUGUGAUCCUCCAUGCAUAUUGGCAAAGUAUAUGAUAAUUUUUUCUAGAGAGGCAGUCGUGUGACUCGUGUAUUGUUUCUGAUACGAUUACAGCAUUAUACUCCAUGGCCUCAUUGUUUGGUUAUUUGGCCUCUAUGGGUUUGUAUGACAAGGUUACUGUUUAGUUUUUGCUAGAUUUCUUAGUGUUAUUCUUCGUUAGAAUUUAUUAUUUUAUCAAAGUGACUGCAAGUUAUGUGGUAAAGACUGUCAAAUUAAAGGUACUUUCAGUGUUAGAUGUGCGUUUUGGUGUCGUGUAAAUCCGGCUGAUUAUCCCCAUAGAAUAACUAUUUAAUAUUAAUAUUUGUAAGCGAUCACUUGUAUAUAAUGAAAGUGAAUGAACAUGUCUGUUCUUCCAUUAUUGUAAAGUAGUGAUAAUCAGAUUCCUCGUUCGCUGCUAAUAUUGUGAUGGACAAAGCUAUUGUAUGCCAAUAUAAAACACCUGAAUGUAUAUUUUGAAUCUAGUAUUUUCAAUGGGGUUAGUACUUAAUUUUACUUGUAAUAAAAUAUAUGUGCAUUUUUUCCUCAAGAGGCUAAAAUUUCAAAUACCUUGAAGCAUUUAUUCAUAACAAUUUUAAUAUACUAUCCGGUUAAAUUCAAGAGAUGGCGGUAAUACAAAAUUCUUCACAUAUUUUAUACCUACCUUCAUAAGAAAAUCCAGAAAUGUCAAAUCCAAUGCAUUUCCAUAAUUUCAUUGUAAUAUUAGCAGUGACGAUUUAUUAAUUGUAAUUAAUUUAAUGCGAUGUCUUGACGACGACGUAAGGCGACAUUAAAAUAAAUUGAACACAACUGUCGUAAUAAAAAUUUAAAUUAUAAGAAGUAAAACGUUUGAUAA